AUGCCUGUUUUUCGGAUACCCGUCCCAAUCGCCAGCCCCCUGACCGCUCGCGUCUCCGACGUGGCGACGUCAAGGUUGCAGCCCCGAGAUGACGACCCGGCAAAGAAGCCCGAUCCGAAGCCUGAGACAACAAAACCCAGUACGGCGAGCAUCGCCGCUGCUGCCGUGAUUGUCGGUAUCAUUGCCAUCGUCGCCGGUGUCAUCCUCCUGCGUUUCGUCCGUAGCCGAAACCCGAAUCCCAAGUACAUUCCGACCAAGUACCUCAAGGACGUAUGGACAAGGUGGAAGGUUCCAACUCGGGGCACCCCCCACGCCUACAAGCAGACGGGCGCCGACGAUGACUCGAUGCGCCAAACCAACCUGGCGCGGCAGCAAAGCCUCGGGGACGAGCUGACUGAGACCCAGGCUGGGAAUGGAGCUGCCGGCGCCCCCGCCGUCGACCGCAACACAUCGGUUCGCAGCGUUAUGACACUCCCGGUAUACCGGCCCAAGGCGACAGACACGGAGCAGGUGCUCGCUCGGGAGGGCGAGCGGGACGGCAUUGAUGUUGUAGUGGAGAUGCCGACAGCUGAGGACGACGAGGCACUGCGCGAGGAGGAGAUGGCGGCACUAUACGGGAUCAGAGCCGCUAGGCGGCGGCAGAUUGCCGAGCGGGAAGAACGGCGUCGGCUACGCCGGGAGGCCCGCGAGGCUAAUAAUAUCGUGGCCCUGCAGGAACUGCGGGACCAGGCACGCGGUCAGGCCUCCCGGAAUUUGGAGGAGAUCGAAGAAUUGCGCCAGGGCCACGAACGCAUCCGAGAGACGCGCCAGCGCGCCGUCAGCAGCGUGUCUUAUGCUGACCUCGGAGUCGUGAGAGCCGAUGGCACUCGCCUCCGGGCAAACAGUAACGAGAGUGAGCGGAUGGGUCUCUUGAGCGACGCGGCGAGUAUCGGUGCCUCGACGGCCUCUGGGAGCCUGUUCCACCGCCGAGACAGGAGCGGAAGCUCGGCCCUCAGCAUUGACACGUCCCGUAUCAACGACCAGCUUGAAUCCCCAGGCCUGACGGCCACCGGGAGCUCGUACAGCCUGGCAAGCACCCCGGGCGCUACGGGGCGCUCCAGGGCGAAUUCGGGGGUGACCACACCACGGGCGUCGAGCGCCACGACCCGCGCAGGAUCGAGCCCUGAGAUCAUCGAUGCCGAAGAUGUGGACCUUGGGGACACGAGUAUGCCGCCUCCAGGGUAUGAAGAUGUGAGCCUGGACGAGUUUACGCCUGCUCCUUCAGGGCGGAACAGCCCGUACAACGAGCCCCCGCCGGACUAUCCCGGCCCCGCCCAGGUAAGAAACAACAGGCUGUCAGCCCAGAUGGAAGAUUUGGCGACACAGGCACAGCCGAACGAUGCGAGGAACGGCCGCUCGCCGAACGGCACUCCGCAGCUGCCGAGCCUGCGACUAGAUCUGUUGCCCCAGAUUGUGAUCGAGCCGUCGAGUGCACUACCCCGCGCAGACGAACGAUGA